CCGUGGAUGGAUUGCACGUGUGUUGUGUGGACAUUGUUGGGACUCGUCGUUUGUACAUGGCAGACCGAUUGUGAAUUUUUUUAGUCAAGUUUCAUACUUUUGAUCGUCAUUGUCAGCCUGUAUUUGAAGAAAUCAAGGUGUUUGGAAAGAAUCAUUGCACUCCCUAGAAGCAGAGAAACUAGAACCUUAUAAUGGCUAGUGAAGGAGCCAGUGGGGACGCAGGACCCCAAGUAGAAAUGGCCCCAGCAUUGCUGAAUAAAUCGCCCUCCAACGGGCAAGCAGUUUCAGACGGCGAUCUCGUCCGUCUCAAGCCCAAGAUUUCCCUCUUCAACGGCAUCACGAUCAUUGUCGGGAUCAUCAUCGGAUCCGGCAUCUUCAUCUCGCCGCAAAUCGUCUUGGACUACACAAAGUCUGUCGGACUAUCGCUGGUUGUAUGGGCGGCGUGCGGCGUAUUCUCCAUGAUCGGGGCGUUGUGUUACGGAGAACUGGGCACCAUGAUUACAAUGUCGGGCGGGGACUACGCCUACAUUCUGACGGCCUUUGGAAGUCUCCCUGCGUUCCUUCUGCUCUGGGUGACCCUGGUGAUUAUCAGGCCCACAGCUCAGGCGGUAGUUGCCAUGACAUUUGCGCAGUACAUCCUGCAGCCGUUUUUCACCACUGAGGGUUGUCAGCCUCCCCAGCUUGCCGUCAAGCUCUUAGCUUGCUGUUGUGUGUGUGUCUUAACAUUUGUGAACUGCAUCAGCGUUAAGGCAGCGACUCGAGUUCAAGACAUCUUCACUGCAUCCAAGGUGAUCGCUCUGAUAGUCAUCAUCAUUGUGGGCAUCGUUCAGCUCUUUCUUGGAAACACAGCAAACUUUGAGAACUCAUUUGAAGGGUCAACAACCAGUAUAUCGGACAUCGUCCUAGCCCUGUAUUCGGGUCUCUUUGCUUAUGGUGGAUGGAACUAUUUGAACUUUGUCACAGAGGAACUUGUCAAUCCAUACAAAAAUUUGCCUCGUGCCAUCAUCAUCUCGGUCCCAUUGGUGUGUGUGGUGUACGUCUUGGCCAAUGUGGCAUACUUCACUGCCAUGACCCCGACUGAGCUAUCUGCAUCCGAUGCAGUUGCUGUGACAUUUGGUAUGAAGCUCUUGGGCCCGAUGGCAUGGGUCAUGCCGGUGUCGGUAGCCCUAUCUACCUUCGGUGGAGUGAACGGUCUUCUGCUCACAGGAUCCAGGAUCUACUUUGUAGGUGCUCGUUACGGCCAUCUGCCGGAAGCUCUAGCCAUGAUCAGUGUGAAGAGAAAGACACCUACACCAUCUCUCAUCUUUACGUGUUGCCUAACUCUGAUGUACAUGCCUGCAGAUAACAUUGGUCAGCUCAUCAAUUAUUUCAGCUUCGUAACAUGGUUGGCAACCGGUUCGUCCAUAGCAGGCCAGCUCUAUCUGCGCUGGAAAAGACCUGAUAUGGCCAGGCCCGUCAAGGUGCCAAUUAUCCUGCCGAUUAUUUUCUUCAUCAUGUGUUUAUUCUUGGUCCUGAUGGGUUUUAUUGCGGCACCCAUCGAUACGUUCAUCGGUACAGCCAUCAUCUGUACAGGGUUCCCAAUCUACCUGUUUGGAGUUUACUGGACUAAUAAACCAGAGUGGCUGACCAACGCCAUUCGUGGAUUUACGGAAUGGAUGCAAAAAGUUCUGGUGUGCAUCGCUGAAGAAUCGAAACAAGACUAAAGACGCGGAUACCUAGGUAGUUCCUUUUUCCCUCAGUUCAUCAACCUCCAUCUUAAAUAUCAUCCAGUCGGUCAUUCCACCACCAGUUGUUUGGAGGUGCUAGUGUUUCCCCCUGGCCGAUGAAUUAACAAAAAAGUGGUGAAAACAAAAUGUUUGAGUGAACUUAAAGUUUCUGCAGCACAUUAACUAGAACCUUACACUACCACUUUAACUAUUAGCGUUGCAGAUUUUAAGUUUAAGGUGAAUGAAGAGCAUUGGGACUUAUUCUUUAAGAUUUCCAUAUUGUACACAGUUCCUUGGAUAUGACCAUUUUAAUACAUGUGCAACUUGGUCAUGUUUGAAACUGGCAGGGGGAAACAGUCUUUCUUCUUCUUCUUCUUCUUCCUAUCUAGUGCAGCCUUCAUGAUUGAAGAUAGUCGCACUGCCAGACACAU